AUGAACUCUGCCUCAGAUGGAGACACAGGGGGUGGGUUAGGGGUGAGCGCGGCUACGAUCUACAGACCCAGAGUGGGACGCCUGUGUCUGCUGGCUGAGAAAGUGUGGAGCCACGCCAAGUUCUCCAUUAGGCAGCCCCGCAAGGUCACUCCUGUGUGCAGUCCUUGUGCCAAGCGACCCGGGCUCCGUCUGUCCUUUGGGGAGCUGAGAAGGGGACAUCAGCCGAUAGAGAGUCGCACAAAGAGAGGAAGCAGUGUGGGCCAAAGUCCAGCCCAUCUGGGAUGCGCUCCACAGCCUGCCGGAGCCAGAGGUCACUGA